AUGGCAUUUAAUCCUUACCCUCGGCUCGUCCAAGCCAUACUCCAGAAGGAAGAUUGGCCCGAGUACGAAGUGCAUCCUGUGCCGCCGUGGCACCAGACCAUCUUGCCCGGAUACAGGCCUUACAGGCCUCGCCGGGAGCGAAUGAUCUUCAAGCCAAGCAAGCUGAUUCGAUCCCCUGCGCUUCCCAAACGAAUCGUCCGCGUCGAUUAUGACGAGCAACAGAGACUGGCGACCGAGAUGAUUGAGGGUCUUGAGGGCCAGUUUGGCGAGCUACAAGGCUAUUCCGUGCCAUCAAAGCAAAACAACUCGGUGUUCCUCACGCGGUUCGAUAGCAAGACGGCGAUGUAUGUCCUUCGAAUCCACGUCAUCUGCCCCGUCAUGGAUGUCCUCAACCACGCGAUGGACAUCAUCAAUGGCAGAAAGUUCCGGGUCCUCCCGGAGCACAUGUCCGGGUUUACUCGCCCCUUUCGACCCGAUCUCCAGAUCAUAGAGGCCUUCAAGGAUGAUGAUCUGCACGCACCCCAAAUUCUUGGAUCAUACGACGCUAUGGAUAUGGAGGGACUUCAGGUGGCAUCGCGCCCAUGGUUCUGGGAUGAGGGAGAUGAGCCAUCGGAUGGAGUACCUAUAGAUCAAGACGAUCCGUCCGAUGGAGAAGAUGAAGACGAUUCUUCGGACGAAGAGAACGACGAUGAUGAAGACGACGGAGACGACGACGACUAUGAUGAGGAUGAUGAUGAUGAGGACGACGAUAGCGAAGACGACGACAACGAUGAUGACGAAGACGAAUGUUUUCAGAACCGGGAAGAGAGAUACUGCAUCAUCAAGAACUUCAAGACUCCAAGCCCCGGCUCAAGGCUCCCGACGUCCAUGGCCUACCUGGUCAAAUACGGAGUCAGAUACCUUGCUGUGACGGGCUUGCCCGAGUUCACCAUCGGCAACACAAACUGCCAAAUCACUAUGGAGUGCCCAGACAUGGCUAAAGAGUCGACGGUGGCGGGUCGACUUGCUGCUGGGACUGGCGUCAUGCGCAUCGCGACGAGCGAGAAGCGUGGAGAGUUUUGCCUCAACUUCAUGGGCUCCCUCUUGAAGUGCUUCAAGCACUUUCUGGGAUAG